GCUCGAGUGUGCCACCCAACAUACCACACCAACGACCGGCUCUCCGCGGACCACCUACCACAACCGUCGUAGCCGCGUCAAAUUGGCUCCCCGCAGAGGAAUCAUCGCCUCAAGACAGCGUAAAGACAACAUGACCGGCCAACAGCAGGAGAAGUGGCAGCAGGUGGCCGAGUUAAUCCAACGGCUGGGGCUGGUAUCCGGUGGCCAGGAUGAGCCGCGAACAGCCGCCCAGGUCGCGAGGAUGACUACCCGCCAACUCCUGCAGGAUCCAGUGCGGGCGGCCAUCUACAACCGGGGCUGGGCGGACCGUACGAUGGACAUCCAGCGGAGGUUGCGGCCACACCGACCACCAUCAACAUCAACACCCGGCAGCCGCACACCGUCCCUGACAAGGCCACCACCCCCAGCAACGACACCUGCCCCCGUAACACCUGCGGAGCCGGCACCGGUACCCAGGCAAACGGGGGUACUCCCCGGCCCAACGGGAAAGGUGAGGACGGAGGCGCAGCAGGCACGGAACCGCCGGAAAUUCCAGCAGCUAAAGGAAAAGAGGAAAGCCAGGGAAAGCGAGGCAAGCCAACAACGUCGGCUUGCCAAGCAACCCGCGCCAACCUCAGACCCGGAAGCAGCCGGCACGCCUCCGGCCAACCCAACACCGAUGGAGGUGGACAAACCGGCAUCCAAGGACGGCAAGUCCGAGGAGCCGGGACAGCCCACCAGCCAGGAGUCACCAGACCAAUCAGAGGCCACGGUGGACAUAACCGAGGCAGAUUGGCUGGUGGCGUUCGAGGGGAUGCCGGAGUUAGACGACACACACUCGUUCUACACUCCGGUAGGGUCCCCAAAACACCCCCAGUAACACACACGGGCGCGGGCAAGUCUACCUCAAGCGAAAGCCAGAGGUAGUACAAGCCACCCCCUCCCCUAAUAGCACACAGACACCGGUACAAGUGUACCCCGUGUGACGGUUUGGCGGGGGAGUAUGACGCGGUACGCAGCGGCCACCAGUACAAAGUACAGGUACCGCAGCGACCAGUCUACACUUUUCGUCAACCGCCACUACGGGCUACAGCGUGACAACGCCAACUCCCCCACCACGCCACAAAGGCACAAGGUGGGACGGGAAGGCGAGUCGCGUAGAACGAGUACCGGCCGUCGUAGACCUACCACUAGCAACGUAACCCACGUCGUGAGCACAGCCACACGACCA